AGGCUGCUUGUUCGUUGGUUUCCUUCCUCCCGAACCAUGUCUCAGCUGGAGAAUGCUAUGGCAGUCAUCAUCAACAUCUUUGGCCAGUAUGCUGCCCAGGCACCUCCUCCUGACAAGCUCAGCAAGAAGGAGGUGAAACAGGUGAUUGAGAAGGAGCUUUCAGGCUUCCUGAAGGAUCAGGCCAACCCAACCAUUGUUGAGGAGGUCUUCAAACUGCUGGACCAAAAUCCAGACCAGGAGAUGCAUUUUGAAGAGUUCAUGGCCUUCGUCACAAAGGUCACCUCAGCAUGCCACAAGAGCCUGCACAAGGAGUGAAUGAGUGUAAAGCUGAUCCCAGGAGAUGGUGAUGCCGUGGAAAGCAGCAGAAAAAAAAUGGAAUGAAUGCACCAUGCGUUGGCAGUGGGUUAGAAAAGAGCCAGGAUGGAGAGAAAUGAAGAUAUGAUACAUUGAUGGGAUGAUA